UGUCGAUAAGUGGAAGGUCCUUCGCUCAAUCCGCAUGGGUGUUAAUGGUAGUCUUUCUUGCUUGUAGCUUUAAGACAUAUAGUCAUAACAUAACUCAUAAGUACUGUACCCCAUCUUCCUGCGGAAAUAUCCCUAACAUUAGCUACCCUUUUCGACUGAACCACGACCCAGAGACUUGCGGUGUGUCCGGGUUUACGCUGUUAUGUGAGAACAACAUUACAGUACUAGACCUACCCUCUCUAAAAUACCAUGUACAGGCAAUCAACUAUCAUAACCAAACAAUCCGAGUCGUGGAUCCUGGCUUUCAGAAGUACAAUUGUUCCUCUGUUCCUAUUUAUUCUGCAUAUGAUUUUUUUUCCUCUGUUUCUCCGUAUUCCAGUAAUUGGACAGGCACUAUGUCCUUCAUCAAAUGUUCAAAGCCAGUGAAUAAUUCCCUGUAUGUGGACAUUGCUGCAUGCAACGAUACUGGUACUAGCAGUACUGGUACUUCUUCUUCUUUGUCCCAACCCAAAACGUAUGGUUAUAUGGUUGGUGGCAUAACGUCAGAAGAGCUGGAGGAGGGUUGCAGCUUAGAGUGGAUGACUUUGGCAACCGAAACUUUGGGUUUUUCUGAGGCUGGGGACUAUGGAGUACUUUUUCCUAAAGACAUAAAUGAAUUACUAUAUUCAUUGGCGUAUGGCUUUGAGCUUCAAUAUUGGCUUGAUAAGACUUCAUGCCAAGGCUCGUGGAAAGUCAAUGACGAAUGUUUUCCUCACACAGUCGCAGGUGGCUUUCAGUUUCUAUGGAAAGGUUUUUGCAGUUUGUUUCAUCCUGGACAUCACUUGUAUGAUCUUCAUGGUCUACAGUUGGGAGGACUUAUGGAUUUUCGAAGGUUCGUCAUUACCGAUCGACUAUGGGUACCACUCAUUGGCAUCGGUCUAUCUUUUACAAUUAAAUUUAUAGUUGGCUUUCCAUGUGUUAUUGCAUUUUUGAUCUAUAAAUGGAGAAAAAGGCAUUUAUCAAUAUACAACACUAUUGAAGAUUUUCUGCAUGGAGACAACAAUUUUGGGCCAAUACGGUACUCAUAUUCCGACAUAAAGAGGAUGUCUAAUGGAUUCAAGGAGAAGUUGGGGGAAGGAGGUUAUGGCUCUGUAUUCAAAGGAAAAUUACGUAGUGGACGUUUUGGAGCAAUUAAGAUGUUGAGUAAAAGCAAAUCCAAUGGGGAUGAAUUUGUAAGUGAAGUUGGUACCAUUGGAAGAAUCCACCAUGUUAAUGUAGUGCAGCUUAUUGGUUACUGCGUUGAAGGAUCAAAGCGUGCUUUAGUGUAUGAGUUCAUGCCUAAUGGAUCUCUUGACAAGUACAUUUACUCCAAAGAAAAAAGUAUUACGUUGUGUUGCAAGAAGAUGUUACAGAUUUCUCUCGGUGUAGCUUCUGGGAUCGAUUAUCUACAUCAGGGUUGUGAUAUGCAAAUUUUGCAUUUUGAUAUCAAGCCUCAUAAUAUUCUUCUUGAUGACAAUUUCAUCCCAAAAGUUUCUGACUUUGGUCUUGCAAGAUUAUAUCCAACAGACAAUAGCAUUGUCUCUUUGACAGCAGCAAGGGGAACGAUGGGAUACAUUGCUCCUGAGUUAUUCUACAAAAAUAUUGGAGGUGUCUCAUACAAAGCAGAUGUCUAUAGUUUUGGAAUGCUGUUGAUGGAAAUGGCAAGUAAGAGGAAGAAUUUAAAUGCUCUAGCGGAGCACUCGAGUCAAAUCUACUACCCCUCAUGGGUGUAUGAUCAAUACAAUGCGGGAAAUGAUUUGGAGAUAAGUCAUCACACAGAGGAUGAAAAGAACAUAAUUAAGAAGAUGGUUAUAACAGCAUUAUGGUGUAUACAGAUGAAACCAAGUGAUCGUCCUUCAAUGAAUAAAGUCAUAGAGAUGCUCGAAGGAGAUAUUGAAAACCUACAAUUGCCGCCCAAGCCUUUACUAUACCCACAACAGAUGCAUGUUGCCGACCAAAUGGAUAAUAAUUUGAAUCCAACAUGCUCGAAUGUGGAGUUAACAGUGACAUUGUCAGCUCGAUGAUGAUCAUUGUAAUAUUUGAAGCCUCAAAACAUCAUUAACGCUGCGGCUAUUGAUGUUCCAGAAACUCUUGAUGAAAAGAAAAGAAGCUUUGACAAACAGGAUGGUGUUAUGUUCCCGUUUGCACUUUCUCAAUUUGCUCAAAUGUAGAUUUCAAAUUUGCCAAUCACUGUUCAAUGAAGAUCGAUUCAUAGUUCUGCAUAUCUG